AUGGAAGUCUACAAAGCACUCUGUUUGGUGAAUCUACUAGUUGCAUUCCUUUCAAAAGGGUCUCACUCUCAGUUGGAUGUAUGCGGAACCCCUCUCAACAUUAGGAUUGUGGGGGGUCAGGAUGCUCUUGCAGGGAGUUGGCCAUGGCAGGCCAGUCUGCACAGAUUUGGCAGCCAUUUUUGUGGGGGAUCCCUCAUCAACAAAGAGUGGGUGGUGACCGCUGCUCACUGCUUCUCCAGCCCCAGUACAUCAAAUUUGGUGGUCUACGUUGGUCGUCAGAACCAGAAGGGCUCUAACCCCAACGAGGUGGACCGGGCGGUCACUCAGAUCAUGUCCCACCCCAACUACACCAAAAGUACUAAUGACAACGACAUGUGUCUUCUCAAGCUCUCCUCCCCUGUGACUUUUACCAACUACAUCCGGCCAGUCUGCCUAGCUGCACCAGGCAGCUCCUUUCAUGCCGGCACUACUAGCUGGGUCACUGGCUGGGGCACCAUCCGCAGUGGAGUGUCUCUGCCUUCACCAAAGACCCUACAGGAGGUGGAUGUGCCAGUAGUGGGAAACAGGCAGUGUAACUUUAACUAUGGAGUAGGUUCAAUCACAGACAACAUGAUCUGUGCUGGUCUAGUAGCAGGAGGAAAGGAUUCCUGUCAGGGGGACUCUGGAGGUCCGAUGGUAACCAAACAGGGUACUCGCUGGAUCCAGUCUGGUGUUGUGAGUUUCGGCCAAGGCUGUGCCCUGGCAAAACUCCCAGGAGUGUACGCCAGAGUGUCCCAGUACCAGACCUGGAUCAACAGCCAGAUCAGCAGUGGCCAGCCAGGCUUUGUCACCUUCUCCUCCAGUGGGACUGACUCUGACCUCAGUGUCUUCUGUACUGGUCUUUCAGCCCCUACAACUGCCCCUACAGCCACCACCACAACUGCCCCUACAGCCACCACCACAACUGCCCCUACAACCACCACCACAACUGCCCCUACAACCACCACCACAACAGUUGUGGUGUGUGGCAGCGCUAGCGCCUCUUUGAACUCCCAUGUUGGUGGCGGAAGCUCGUUGGCAACAGCAGGUUUGUGGCCCUGGAUAGCCAGCAUACAGACCAAUGGAGCGCACGUCUGCGGGGGCACGUUAGUGGCGGUAGACUCUGUCAUGAGUGAUGCCAGCUGCUUUUCUAGCCAGGCCAACGCCUCUGAGUGGACCGUGAUUCUGGGUCGUCUGAAGCAGAAGGGCUCCAAUCCCCACGAGGUAACCCAGAACGUCAUCAACAUCACCAUGAGCAAUGUGACAGGCAAAAACGUGGCCAUCCUCCGACUGGCCAGCCAACCCACAUUGUCUGACUACAUCCAGCCUAUCUGUGUGGACAAGGGAACCAGAACCUUCAGCACAGGGACUCCGUGUUGGGUAGCUGGCUGGGCAACAGGCCAGGGUGGCGUUUCCAAUCUGGGUGCAAAACUUGAUUCCUCCCUGACCUUUGGCAGCUACGUCAAAGAACUGUGUAAAGUGCCAUUCUAUCACACAAAGAACAUUGCCAAACUCCAUCCCAUCCUGACUCAGUCUGAUGCAGAAAAGCUCAUCCAUGCCUUUAUCUCCUCAAGCCUAGACUACUGCAACACACUCUUCAUUGUGAUCCCUGGCAGGAGUCUCCAGAAUCUCCAAUACAUCCAGAACAGCACUGUCAGGAUCCUGCGUAGUCAUGGAUAUCCCACUCCUUAUCUCAAAUACCAUAACCCCACCCGCACCCUCAGGUCAAGCGAUGGCCUGCUCCUCCACGCCCCCAGGACCAAUCUCUGCUCCUUGGGGGAAUCUGGCUUUCAGCUCGACCAUCCCGAGCCUCUAGAAUACCCUCUUGGACCACCUGAAGGCACCACUGACUGA